CCGAGACCGCCGUCAUCGUCCCUGUCCCGCUCGAUGACCCCGCGCAGUCCGGACCGUUGCACGCGCUCCCACUCGUGCGAGUCGUGUGAUUCCUUCGCUAAUGCCGCCGUCGUCGAGGAGCAACUGCGCCAGAUGCAAAAGCAACUCAACGACAUCCAGCUAAUUCCGAUGCAAAUCCAAGCCACGCUGAGCUACCUCACGAAGACCAUCUCGAAGUUUGUUCCGCCGGAAAUGCAACGCGAAAUGCCGGCUUCAAUGCGCGGCGGAAGUUGCGUCCGGGACGAAACCAUAAUUGAGGAGUGCGAGGACCUGGAGGAUUCCGAUGGGGAUGCGGAUGGUGAGGAGCGGGCGGAACAACCGGAAGGCGAAGGGGAAGAGGACGAUCCGGAAGAUGAGGAAAAUUUGGCCGGAUUCUUUGAACGCCUGUUUGACGAGGCGGGCGAUCGCUACGAGGAGGAACCAACUGACGACGGAUUUGGCAGUGACGAGGAACCGGAAAUCGGCGAAGAGGAACGGCUCCGGCUGGAGAAGAUGGAGCGGGUCAGCAAGCUGGAACGGUCCUGGCCGUGGAGUGAAACUGCUAAACCCAUUCAUAAGCGGUCAAAUUGCCACCUGGUUCCAAGCAAGACCAAGAUCAAGCAGCUGGACGAGCUGCCGUUCUACAAGAGGGGAUUCCAGCAGCGUUUCGGCAACUGAGGCCACUCUCAAUUUUGGGAUAGGUUCCAGAGAAAGAGCUAACGUGGGAG